UGCUAUAUGUUAAGAAGCAUACGCUGUACAUUUCAAUUUAGGGUAUUUUUGAAUAACAUAUUCUAACUCAUUUUUUAAAUUGAUGUUAACUAUUACAGGCGUAUACAUUCAGGAGGGAAAAAAUAGGGAGGGAGGAAUAUUUGCCCUUCAUGGAUAGAAAUUGGACGGUCCCGGUGUUCAGCGAUGCAUUUAAUUUCGCUCAUUUGAUAGACAUCUAACAUUACAGCAAAAUGUGCUACAGAUGCGCAUUUCCCCCCAGAUGCGCGUUCUAAAUCAGGUGACUCAGAUAGCGCCAGUGACGCCUACAAUGUUGUCUAGAUAGGGAGCUUUUAAGGGAGGUUUUAAGACACAACCAUUGUGGCAAGCGCAAAUCGACGCGUAAUACAAGCGAUAUUUUUGAGUGAGUGUUUAGGGCAGCCUACGUUUGAUAUUCUGCAUCUUGGUACGCAAAGGACGGAUAUAAAUCACUGUUAAAGGAUCUAAGAGAACUGUAUAGCUGGAAUAACGAAAGCCUGGGUUUAUAGUUUGCUCCAGCCAUGCAGAAGACAGGGACGGCCCCGUCUUCCCGAGGUCCUAGUGCACCUGGCUCUCCAGCCACCCCUAUUGUGGCAAGAAUGGACAAUCAGGUCAUUGGAUACAAGGACUUGGCAGCCAUUCCCAAAGACAAAGCUAUACUUGAGGUGGAACGGCCUGAUCUGAUGGUAUACGAGCCACAUUUCAAUAUCUCAGCCCUGGAUCUGCUCUCGAGAAGCAGAGAGAGAUCAAUGUCACCUCAUUCAAUCUCGCCUCCUCCUUCCCCUGAGAUAUUUGCUUCAAAAGAGUCUAAGGAGUCGUCAGAGCAGGGGUCUCCAGGAGGGUCCAACAUGGGCUCCACGGUGCAGCCUCGCAAGAUAAGUCCCGCCUCCAAAGGCCCCAUGCAGCAUUUUCACAGGCCAGACAUUGGCAUGAACAUCUAUAAGAAGCCUCCAAUUUACAAACAUGACACACAUACUGGAGCAUCCCAUAAUAAACAUGGCAGCAUCAUUGAGUCGUCCAAAUUCCCAGCAGCCCAACCUCCUGAUCCCAACCUGCCCUCAAAGAUAGAAACCGAGUACUGGCCGUGUCCACCUUCUCUAGCUUCUAUGGAAAUCGAAUGGAGGAAGAAAGCAGUCGAGCAGGGAAAACCAAUCGAGGAAGAUGACUUUGAGGACCUGACAGAAGACGCAAAGAAACUCCAGGAGCAGGAACUUCAGAAGAUACAGUCCAAUUUGGGCAAAAUAAUCCUGAAGGAGGAAAUCGAGAAAUCAGUGCUCAUCCGCAGAAAAACACGUUCACUGCCAGAUGGGACAAACAUAAACUUGGGUUCAUCAGCCAGUGCGACUAAAUCCGCAUCUUUACCUCCGUGCAGUCGAACAGGCCUCACGAGGCUGCAGUCUGCAGACUUCACCUUGACAGACAAUGGAAAAGCAAAAACCGGCGUACAGAACGGUGAAUCAGAGAGUGGCCGAAUGGACCGAGGAAACUCUCUUCCUAGUAUUCUGGAGCAGAAGAUAUAUCCGUAUGAAAUGCUGAUAGUGACCCACAGAGGGCGCAGUAAGCUUCCACCGGGUGUUGACAGGACCAGAUUAGAGAGACAUCUGUCUCCAGAGGAAUUCCACAGCUUAUUCGGAAUGUCCAUCACAGAAUUCGAUCGUAUGUCCCUAUGGAAACGGAACGACCUGAAGAAAAAAGUGUCCCUUUUCUAACAUUUGGACUCGGACUCUCGAACUCUCCCCACCGAGAGACUAAUACUAUCCAUGCUAAUCUAAUACGGAUGCUAUGCAGACAUGUCAAGAUAAGCAAGUGAGAUGAUUCCACAUACCAAAUGUUAUUUCAAUCAUAUUCACAACAGUAGCUGGCGUACAUAAAAAGCAGGAUGAGGAUUCUUGCCAUACCCUGCAAUCGCAGCAAAAAUUGGAUAGUUAUGGAAUUUUAUAUGAAUUCCAUGAUGAACUGCUUGAACCCGCUUUUACGCCUUACAUCACUAUUCCAAUUCUCAAAGUGCCCAGAGAAAUGUAUAAUAUAGGCCUAUAUAUUUAUUAACACAAAGUUUUAAUUCUAAACCAUCUUUUUUUUUUUUGACGUGGUCACUGAUAUUACACUUAAAUGUGUCACUGUACAUAUAUCAUGUUUUUAUUUAUUGUUGGUGUUUAUAUGUAGGGCCUACAAAAUUUCUGACAACUAGAACAAAAUGUUCGGGGACAACUUUCUUGAUCGUUCAUUUAAAAAAAUGCAUGGACACUGAGUCUAGGCUAUAUUAUUUAUUCAGUUAUGAUCUACGACACCUAUUCGUGCACAUAGCUACAGUGUUUAUAUUGUGAAAUAGUAUGAAAUAUCUAAGCUCAGGCUUGGUGCUAAACUCAGGCUUUUGGUCUUUGUACACUGUUGGCGCUUGACACUGUAGGAUGUAAUAAAUGGCGUUUUGAAAACAACAUUAGAAGAUCUUUGUUCCACACGCAGCCAAUAGCAAAUCUAUUUACUUGGGUUAUCAAAUAAUACAUCAUAUGCUUACAACAGAGACUGUCCAGCCAUCUGUAUGUUCACGCCGUGUUUCUCAACACAUUUUUCUGUAACAUCAUUCUGCAAUGUUGACAAUAAAACCUUCAUGUUGCAGUUUGUGUCAUAUAUGAAAACAAAUAUAAAAAAAACCUUACAGGUAAAUGUGGGUAGGUGCCAGAACUUUAUUGAGUGGUUGUAUAUUAUAUAACUCAUUACUGUAUAUAAUAUCAUAUAUGUCAUGUAGGCACAAACAUGAAAUACCAUAUGUAUUAAAUGACAUAUGUAAUGAAAUGACAAAAUGUAAAUGUGCGUUAUUUUCUGUUCACGUUUCUGGAAAAAGAUGUAUUUAAUGUAGGUUUAUUUAAAGGACAAUUGUAAAGAAGUGUAGACAGGCUAUUUAGUAGAUUGAUGAACUUUAAUGCAGAUCUAUUUAUCUUUCACUAAUUGCUUUAUUAAGAUAACAACAAGCAUUGUCAUUUAUUGCCUGUCUGAUCUGUUUUUCCAAUAGUUCAACACAAGAUGUCAGUAGUGCUCAAUAAUGCUGUCAGACCGCGUAGAAGAUUUUAAUCAGCAUUUUUUUAAAUUGUAGAAACCACAAAAGAUUAAAUUACUGCAGCAUUUCAGUCAUCAUAUGGAUCAAAUCUAAAAGAAGAAAAUAUCAUUGCUGCUGUAUUUAAAAAAAGACAUUAUUUUGUCUGCACAAAUCUCUCUGUAAUGUAUUGACUUUUACAAAUAUGGAGGGCUCAGGGGAAAACAAAUACGCGAAAUUGUUCACACUGUUGUCAAAGCCAAACAAAUAUUAACAAGAAAACGGCCCAGAAAGCUGAGAGAAAUGACUCUUAGUGGUCCCUUUCUUAAAGGGAAAGUUCACCCAAAAACUCUCGUCAUUUACUCACCCUCUUGCCGUCAGAUUCAUGUGACGUCAUCUCUUCAGCUGUACCGAAAUUUUUCUUUUCUUUUUUCAGAAGCAAAGAACAAAACCUAUUGUUUUGCUUCAGAGGACAUUAAUUAACUGACUGGAGUUAGGGUUACUUAUUAUGUAUAUGAUAAAAUGAUACAUAUUAUAAUUAUGUCAUUCGAAUAUAAAUGUAUUGGUCUGUGUUCAACAGAAAAAAUGAGACCCAAUGAGGAUGGGUGAGAGAAUUUUCCUUUUUGGGUGAACUGAGUGCAUUGUGUACGCCAUCCUGUUUCAAAUGUGGGAUGUGAGUUGCGAUUUUAACAUUCUUUUUACGUUCUUUUUAAUGCGAUGUUAAGUUCUUUUUACGUAAUUUUAACAUUCUCUAUUUGAUUUGAUCAGACUGUCAACUGAUCAAACAUUUUAUACAUAUUUUAAGUCUAUCGUGAUAACUGAAAAGCACUUGUUGAAUUUGCGUAUUUUGUGUAAUAAUAAUAAGGACUUGUGACAGGCCUAUAGUUUAAAAUAUUAAGGCUGUUACUUACACUUUUCACAUGACCACACAGUAGGCUUCCGCAUUUUUCUGCAUAUUUAUAAAUAAAUGAUUUUACGAUACUGUUCACUUUAUUUAAACAGUUCAUUUUGUUUUAACACCAUUGUAUUAGGUUUUAUGUUCAAACACAAUUGCAUUGUGUUAAACGGACUUAAAAAGUAAUGCUUUGGCUUACCUAAAUGUUUGCAUUUUAAAAUAACAUGUUUCAGUGAAGUAGAUCAAAAUAACAUUUGAUGCUUGUUCAAUUUACUUCAAUAAAUCAAGUUAACACAA